UGUCUCUUAAGUGUCUCUUAAGUAAAUGUCUUAUAAGUGUCUCUGAAGUAAGUAUCUUAUAAGUAUCUCUGAAGUGUGGCUAGCCGCUACAGCACCCUCAGCUCAGUUCAACGACCAAAAUUCAAUCCUUCGUCAUGUGAUGUUCCUCCACUGCGCGAUUCAGAUUCCAAUGAAUCCACACUUGAAAUUCUAAUCGUCGGUUAGCUGUCCUGCAGAUGUUCCGGUUGAAUUGAGCCCAUCCAUGCCUCCUCCAGUGACCACCGCAUGGCCAUUGAGUGUUCCGUCAAGCGCACAUCUCUAUCAGCCCGGGGCGUUGGGCAACGAAUUUCCAGUACUCACUGACUUCUUGGAAACCCUAGACGAAGGGUCUUUCUUCAUCACAUCUCCAGCAGUGACACCCUCCCUCAUUCCUACGCCCACAAUCUCUCAGGCUACUCCCUAUUUCUCAAAUCCUGCCACUGCUGCUGAAAUGACAUCCAAUCCCCCAGUGCAUCCCCCUGAGGCACCUGCUGAAGAGCCUGCACCCCCUCUUCUACCGUCUGCUACCAAGAUAGAAAAGUUUUUGUUGACUGCUGCAGAUCAGGAGUCAGGCGCUCGCGAUGAAUGGCUGAGCCGCGUUAUUCGGAGCAAAUACGAGGCGGGCCUGCUCAAACCGUAUGAAACCAGAUCGGCGUGGAGAAUGUUCGAGAGGAUGAGAAAUGUCAGUUCAAAGUUGCCGAAGAGGACAGCCAGGCGCGACUUAGAUUCGAUCAGCAGGUUUCAAGGCUGACGCAUCAUUAGAAGAGGAGUAGUUGAAGUUGACGCAGUCACGUCUGGUGACGCUGCGGAACACAGCUGAAGACGAGUAAGGGAAAGUAGCAGAGCUCAUAGACAGGAAUCGGACCAUUUAAGUUGAAAUAACGGAAGCGCAGGAGACCCACACGAAAGCUGCCAAGA